GACUAUCGAACGAUUAUGGACGCAGUGGAAAAGGCACCGAACAACAGUGACCGUAGAUAUAUCAUCUAUGUGAAGAAGGGCUUGUACCAGGAGAACGUUCAAAUCAGUGCAAGUAAAUCGAACCUUAUGCUGCUCGGAGAUGGAAUUAGCAACACCAUUAUUUCCGGUAACCGCAGCAACGACGGUGUCCACUGGGACAGUACUUAUGAUACUGCCACCUUUGCUGUGAUUGGUAAUGGAUUCAUUGCCAAAGACCUGACCUUUGAGAACACAGCGGGUCCCCAGAUGAACCAAUCGGUGGCCCUCCUAUCGGAAUCGGACCAUUCAGUGUUUUUUAGAUGUGGCAUUAUGGGAUACCAAGACACCCUCUAUGCUCACUCCAACCUCCAGUUCUACCGUGAUUGCCGCAUCACUGGCACCGUCGACUUCAUCUUCGGUGACGGAACUGUAGUCUUCCAGAACUGCGAGAUCAUAGCCAGGAAGGGCCGCCCAAAACAGAAGAACACCAUCACCGCCCACGGCCGCAAGGAACUCAACGAAACCACUGGUUUCUCUUUCCAAUUCUGCAACAUUUCCGCCGACUUGGACCUGAUUGCUUCUAAUUACUCCAACCCGACUUACCUGGGUCGACCUUGGCGACGCUACUCACGUACUGUCUUCAUGCAAUCCUAUAUGAGUAGCGUCGUUAGUCCUAAAGGGUGGUUGGAGUGGGAGGGCCAGGAAGAUUUCAACAAAACACUAUUCUAUGCGGAGUACAAGAACUAUGGGCUAGGGGCCAACCUGAGUCUGCGGGUCAAAUGGCCUGGGUUCCAUGCCAUCAAUGACGACGCCCAGGCCGACAUAUUUACGGUCUCUAAAUUCAUCCAUGGCAACUCAUGGUUGCCUUCCACCGGUGUUAAUUAUACGGGGGGUUUGACCGCAUAA